AAAAUCUGAAAUUAUGAUGGAAGGUUCGAAUGCAAUAUACAUUCUUCAAGGUGCAAGAAACGAAUCCCACAUUGCUUACCUGCAAAUCUUUCUGUUUUCACUCUCUGAUACAUUUGAAGGCACAGUCAACCAAAAGACCGGAAAACCCUUAUUGGUUUCGGUUUCUCCUUUUUCCAAGAGCUUUUUCUGUUUGUUUAUGUUUGGAAUUGGAGAAACCGGAGCUGUUGCGAUGUGGGUGUUUUGGAGAAUUCGAAUCUGAAUGCGGCUUUGGAGAAUCGGGGGCACUGGAAUUGCGGGGGCUCUGUGGGUAACCAGAUUGGUUUGUUGAGCAAUUUUCUGUUUUUUGGUUUCGUUUGUCUGUAAUUACUGAAUUUGUGAUGUGGGCUUUGUGAGGAAUUCUGUCUUGGAUGUGGGUUUUGGAGAUGGGAAAGGGUUUUUUGUGAGAUCUUUUUUGGGCUGAGAACCAUGUGGGGUUUUUGUAUGAGGAUAUGAUCAGUUUUUUUUUAUUUGUGCAUUCAAUUCACAUAGAUUGAUUGUUUCUGGGACUCAUAUUUAGGUGGCAUUUGUUAGGGUUUAGGAGCUGUGAAGUAUUACAAACAUCCACUGGAUUCUUUAGAUACUUGAAUUUCAGAAUUGGGUUUUGAGGGCGGAGAGGCUUUGAUUUUGUUGGGAGAUAUUUUCUGCAUGUUCAUUGUUUCUUUAUCAUUCCCUGUGUGAGUAUGUCGGGAGGGACUCCGGUUGGGGGUGGAUUUAUGAGGCAGAGGCACAGCCAGGGGUAUGCCUCUAGCGGGGAUGACCUCGAGGAUGAUGCAUGCUCGAGACAGACCCCUUCAUCGCCUGCAAUGCCUAGAGCUCGGACAUGGACUGAGGUCAUGGAGAAUAUUCUUUGGAUUGCAUCUGCAGUUUUUAUUAUAUACUAUGGUGACCGGAAUUCGAAUUUUAUCUAUCUCUUGUUGCAUGAUGAUCGCAUAAGAAGAUUGCCCUUAUACCUUGGGAUGGUGGGGGUUAGUUUGAAUAUUCUUAUCUUCUUUUACACAAGUAUGUUCGCAUCGGGUGUCAAGAAGUUUUGCGAGAAAUGGGAAUUGUCAAGUCCAUCUGCUUUGCCAUUCCUUACCCUACUUGGGCUUGUCUCCUUUUGCCUGUUCUCCUUUGCUUUGUGGCCAAUUUGGAGUUUCUUGACCCUUCCUCUUCUGUUUACCCUGUUUAUGGCUUGCAUAGUGGCAUCCCCUUAUGUGAUGACUGGGACACUCAGACCACAAACAGAAGUGCUUCGUACAGAUUAAGCUUUAUUGGCUUUAAAAGAGAAAUGUGUGACAAACACUGACUGGGUCAGGGGUCUGUGUCUCAAAUGCAUGGUUGGUGGCCUCUGCAAUAGAUUGAAGUUUUGCUUGUUAUAUAAUGCCUCCAAUGCCAUGUUGGUGCUAGCAAUGAAUCUGAUUUUUCUAUCAGUCAGAUUUGUAUUACUUAUACAGAGGACAGGUUGAGGUGAAGUCAGUUUUGUCUUUCGUGAGGAUGAUUUUAUCACAUGAGCAUGUCUCUAGGUGUUUUCAGAUAAGUUCCUUUACAUUAUAUCACAUAUUUGGCUUCUGAUAUCACCCCUUCGGCUGUGUAAUUGGUUCAUUUUUAGAAUGGGGAGAAAGUUGCAGUUCCUCCUA